AUGUAUACAUAUAAUCAAAAACCCAAUUUAAUAAAUACAACAGUCUACUAUUGUUCGAAUCAAAUAAAUAGAGAUUACCAAGUAAAAAGGGAAGAGACCGAUCAAAACUUAAUCCCAAGCCCCCCACAAAAUAAUCACAAUAAUAUUAAUAAUAAUCACCACAAUAAUAAUAAUAAUAAUAAUAAUAAUAAUAAUAAUAAUAAUAAUUAUAAUAGAAUUGGGAUUUCUUCAUCGUAUGACCCAAUGAGCGACAUACAAAAUGUAUAUCAACAGCAACAACCACAUUCACCACAAAAUAUAAGUAAUCACCAUAUGCAAUUCCAAAAUCAUCACCAUCACAACAAUAAUAAUAAUAAUAAUAAUAAUAAUAAUAAUAAUAAUAAUAAUCACAACCAUAACCAAAAUCACCAAAAUUCAUAUCAACAUCAUAACCAACAAACUUCAUCCUAUCAACAAAUGAAUAUUUCCAAUCAAUCUACUUCAUUGGCUCAAAAUCAUUUACAUUCAAUAAAUUCUUCACCACAACAACUUCCACAGAAAUAUUAUAAUAAUAAUAAUAAUAAUAUCAAUAAUAAUAAUAAUCAAAACAACAACAACAACAACAGUAAUAAUAAUCAAAACAACAACAGUAAUAAUAAUAAUCAAAAUAAUUAUAAUUUUAAUAAUAAUAACGAACCGAAUAAAUAUUCAUGGAAUCCACCACAACAAAGAAUAUCAUCCUCGUCUCCUCAUAAUGGAGGUAUGUAUUUUAUGUCAAACUCAACCAAUUCAAACGAUUACUCAUCAUAUGGAUAUGAAGGGAGCCCCAUCAACAAUGGUAGCAAUGGUAAUAAUAACAAUAGCUAUGGCAAUAACCAUUCUAUUGGAAAUGGAAUAAAUAAUAAUAAUAAUACUAUCAACAAUAACAAUAAUAUGGUUGAUAAUCAAUAUUUGGAAAACAAUCAUAACCAUUCACAUCACCAUAGCAAUCAUCACAAUGUUGGAAAUAAUAACAACAACAAUAACAACAGCAAUAAUAAUAGCAACAAUAACAAUAAUAACAACAAUACCAGUAUAAGCAACAACAACAACAACAACAACAACAACAACAAUAAUAAUAAUAAUAAUAAUAAUAAUAAUAAUAAUAAUAAUAAUAAUAAUAACAACAACAACAAUAAUAAUAAUAACAAUAAUAAUAAUAAUAAUAAUAAUAAUAAUAAUAAUAAUAAUAAUAAUAAUAACAAUAACAAUAAUACUAAUAAUAAUAAUAAUAAUAAUAAUAAUAAUAAUUCUGGACCCUGUGGUAUUGGUUGUGUUGGGUCUGGAAAUGUAUUUGCCGUUGUAAAUAAAAUACCACAAUUAUUCACACCAUCACAAUAUACAGCCCCUGGUAUACCAGUGGUUUCACAAAUUGCAAAUGGCUCACCUUUUGAAGGUGUAAGGAUUGAUCUUUAUCAUAAACCAAGAGGUUCAAAAGGUACUUGGAUGCCAAUCUUAAAAGGUGAUCAUAUUCGUGUCACUGAAGGAAAAGGUAAAAGACUUAAAAUGAUUGUAUAUUGCGAGCAUGAAUUAACUAAAGUUGGUUUACAAGUUGGUUUACUUGAUGUUCAAGAUGUUAAUACUACUGGUAAAAAUAAAAAUAAUAAUAACAAUAAUAACAAUAAUAAUAAUAAUAAUAAUAAUAAUAAUAAUAAUAAUAAUAAUAAUAAUAAUAAUAAUAAUAAUAAUAAUAAUAAUAAUAAUAACAACAACAACAACAACAACAACCAAAAUCAAUCACCAUCCUCUGUAAUAUCUAAUAAUUCAUCAAAUUCAACUUCAUCUGCAAAUUCUUCACCAUCACCAUCAACUUCUACCUCACCAACUACAAUAACAGCAACAACUUCUUCUGCCCCACAAAAUUCAAACUCAAACUAUAACUAUAAUCAACUAGGAAAUGUAAAUAAUAUCAAUGGAAAUAAUUCCAAUACUCUACCCCAAAAUUCAAAUCAUUUUAAUAACUCGUUCAACAACAACAACAACAACAACAACAACAACAACAACAACAACAACAACAAUAAUAAUAAUAAUACAACUACAACCACUACUACGACUACUACUACUAAUAAUAAUAAUAACCAUAACAGUAAUUCUCACAACAAUAAUAAUUCCUAUAAUAAUAAUAAUAAUAAUAAUAAUAAUAAUAAUAACAAUGAUAGUAGUAGUAGUAGUAAUAAUAAUAGUAAUAACAAUAAUAAUAAUAAUAAUAAUAAUAAUAAUAAUAAUAAUAAUAAUCAACCAUCAAAUUUUUCAUUAUCUUCACCAACAACAUCACCAACUAAUUCACCAUCACAAACCCCAUCACCUUGUACAACACCAAAUAUUUUUCCAACAUCAGUCCCACCAUUUUCAAUUGCGAUUUCAGUAACACCUCCAUCUACUCGCCCUGCACCAGUGAUUCCAAAAGAAAAUACUACACCACCAACAGAACCACAAUGUCUUACUGUUGAAUCAGUAAGAGUUUAUAGGUACACUCAAUCUC